CUUUCUUUGUCAAUACAACAUUUUUGAGACGCCAUCAUGUCCGCGGACAAGAAAGUAGUGUUGAUUACCGGAUGCUCCUCUGGGAUUGGACUCAGCCUGGCUGUGCGUUUGGCCUCAGACUCCAGCAAAAUAUUCAAAGUUUAUGCCACAAUGAGGAACCUGGCCAAGAAAGAACGUCUCUUAGAGAGUGUAAAAGGCCUACACCGCGAUACUUUGGAAAUCCUUCAAAUGGACGUGACUGAUAGGCAAUCCAUCAUGAACGCGCGAGAAAAAGUGGUGGAGAAACGGGUGGACAUUCUAGUCUGUAACGCCGGUGUUGGUUUAAUGGGACCUCUGGAGAUUCAGUCCUUAGACUCAAUGAAGCAUAUUCUGGAGGUCAACCUUCUCGGCACCAUUCAGACCAUUCAGGUCUUCUUGUCAGACAUGAAAGCUCAAGGUCAGGGCCGGAUUCUGGUUACUGGCAGCACAGGAGGACUUCAUGGUCUUCCAUUUAAUGAAGUGUACUGUGCCAGUAAGUUUGCAAUUGAGGGAGCAUGCGAGAGUCUGGCUGUUCUUUUGCAACACUUUAAUAUCCAAGUCAGUCUCAUUGAGUGUGGUCCAGUCAAUAGUGACUUUCUCGUUAACCUGCAGAAGGCGGAGCUCGGGGAUGAAUCUCUUCAACAGGUUGAUGGCCAAACGCUCAGUCUGUAUGAAAAAUACCUGCAACACUGCAGCAUGGUUUUCCAAAACGCUGCACAAGACACCGAAGACAUUGUAAAGGUAUUUCUAGAAGCCAUCCAUUCAACCAAACCUGCAUUCAGAUACUUCACCAACAGCGUCAUGCCGCCUCUCACCAACCUGAAAGUCUCAGAACCGGAUGGAAUGAAUUACAUAACAGCUUUGAGCCAGAUCAUUUUUUCAGAUGAUCAAUAA